AUGGCAGCCACUAAUCAAUUUUUGUGUUCCUCUUAUUCUUCUUCAUCAUCAUAUUCUUCUUCUUCUUCUUCUUCUUCUCGAAGAGAUGUAUCAAGAUCUUCAAUUCACUUCCCGAAGAUUGGAACGAAUAAUCUAAGUAGCCUAACGCCAAAGAUCCAUUCAAACAAGGGUUUAGUUGAAGAAAUAGAUUUUUCAUCAUUCUCACACAAGAAUACGAGCAAAAACCCUAGAGCGUGUCCUGGUCCUGAGGUGAUGGAGAAGCUCUACGUGAUAUUGGAGGCUGUUUCAGAUCGGUUGGAGAUGCAUAAGAACAUUGGAGAACAAAGGAAUAACUGGAACAGUUUGUUGUUAACAUCUAUCAACACCAUUACUCUUUCGGCUGCAACCAUGGCUGGCAUAUCUGCUGCUAUUACUACUAUACCUGGUGCUCCUUUGGAAGCACUUAAGCUUUCAUCUACUUUCUUGUAUUUGGCUGCCACGGGGAUGCUGGUUAUCAUGAACAAGAUUCAACCAUCCCAACUGGCCGAAGAACAAAGAAACGCUGCAAGGUUGUUCAAGCAACUUGAAAGCCAAAUCAAGACAAAAAUCGCUAUAGGAAAUCCUACUCUUAGUGAUGUGAAUGAAUCUAUGAAAAAAGUUUUGGCUAUAGAUAGGGCAUACCCUCUUCCUUUACUUGGUGUCAUGUUGGAAAAGUUUCCUGCUAAAACUGAACCAGCGGUUUGGUGGCCAGAAAAAAGAAGGACAACAGCUAAAGGAAGAAAUGGAAACAAUGGUUGGAGUGUGGAGUUAGAAAAGGAGAUGAGUGAGAUCAUUAGGGUUUUGGAGGUAAAAGAUAAAGCCGAUUACUUGAGAUUAGGUAAUAAGGCUUUGAAACUCAACAAAGCUUUAGCCAUAGCUGGUCCUCUACUAACCAGCUUUGGCGCGCUUGGUUCUGCCUUCCUUGCAUCAUCUCCUCAUAAUUCAUUGGCGAUGGUGCUUGGAGUCAUGGGUGGUGCGAUGGCGAGCGUUGUGAAUACUAUUGAACAUGGUGGGCAAGUAGGGAUGGUGUUUGAGAUGUACCGAAGCAAUGCAGGAUUCUUUAAGAUGAUGGAGGACUCCAUAGAAUCAAACCUAAAGGAAAGAGACGUGGAGAGCAGAGAAAAUGGAGAAGUUUUUGAGAUGAAGGUGGCAUUGCAGCUAGGAAGAAGCUUAUCUGAACUUAGAGAGGUUGCAGCUUCAUCUUUAAGAAACGGGGUAGACAUUGAAGAGUUUGGAAGCAAGCUUUUCUAA